AUGGGUAUCCCUGGCAUCUGGAAUAUUCUGCUGAAAGCAAAGCAAUCACGCCCUUUCACUGAGCUCACAGUUUUAGAAGGGUUUGAGGCAAAUCGGCGUGGAGCUCGGACCCUCAUGAUUGGUGUUGACGCAAGCAUUUGGCUGAACCAGACACAGUCGAUCUUCCAUGUACCGGGCAUGCAUUACCAGGCUGGUGAAAACCCCGAGCUCCGAACCCUUUUCUAUCGCCUCGCGUGCUUCCGCAAGCUCCCAAUCCACCUUGUUUUCGUUUUUGAUGGAGAACACCGUCCGUCGAUUAAACGAGGCGUCAAUGUUUGCACCAAGGCACAUGCGCUGACGAGCUCGUUCCAGGAGUUCAUUGAGCAAUAUGGCUAUAGUUUCCAUACCGCACCCGCAGAGGCAGAAGCAGAACUGGCGGUCCUCAACUCUCACGGGAUUAUUGAUGCCGUCUUAAGCGACGAUGCGGAUACGCUCCUUUUUGGAGCAACUCAUCUCAUUCGGAACCCCAAUGUCAAAGAAGAUGGUGAUAACAUCAAUAUCUACACGGCUGACGCCAUCUGUUCGACCUUGUCCCUCACAAGUGGUGGAAUUCUAUUACUCGCGAUACUCAGUGGAGGUGACUACGAUCCGGGCUGUGGUAUGACAACGGCGUACAGCCUUGCUCGUGCUGGCUUUGGUGACGAACUACUGCAUGCCACGAAGACCUGCCCGCCACCGGAACUGGAACGGUCUCUUGAGAAAUGGCGCAAUCGCUUACGCAUGGCGCUUCGGUACAAUGACGCUGGUCAUCUCUCUAGACGCCAGGUUGCCCUUUCAAACAGUGUACCCAAUACAUUCCCCGACCCCAGAAUCCUUGCCCUUUAUGUCAAUCCCAUCACAUCAUGGUCCCCCGGCCAGAAACUACCCAAUACAGCUGCAUGGGUACCUCGAGAAGUCAACCUCACCAAACUAGCUGCGCUCUGUGAGCGCUCGUUCACCUGGGGCACUUCAGACGGUAUCCUUUCAUGCUUCCAAGAACAUGUUUGGCCCGGCAUGACUCUUUAUCGACUGGUUGAGGAAGCCAAUGUUGAUCCUACUGCAAUGCUUACGGCGCAUUUUGCCCAAACUAUUGCUGAAGGGACGUUUGCUCUCUCGUCCAUCCUUCGCAUCGUUCGACAGCAGAAGGCCGAAAAGAAAGCAGUUCCAGGUUAUACUGUGGAAGUUCAAACAGGCCACCUCUCUACGGCCACGCUCUCUGGUCUUCGAGGUCUUCGAACGUUCACCGAAGCUACCACAAAGUCCGCUACAAAGAAGACAAAAAUUUUGCUGGGGAGAAUGAUGGUAUGGGUGCCCUGCUCCAUUCUUGAGCAAGCACUGCCAGCCCUCGUCGCACGCUACCAGAAGGCACAAAAGAGUAAGAACAAGCCCAGCCUCGCUGUGUCUUCAACCUACAAAGCUAUAUUCCCGAAGCUUUUUCCCACUGCUGCCAUCGCUGGGCAUGACACGGCACCUGUUGCUGGGCCUAGCACUGACCAUAGGGUCGGCCCCAUCGCUGCGCAUGGGGGAGCUUCCACUGCCGCCGUUGCUAGGGGUAUCAUGGCACCCAUCUCUGGGCUUAACGUGGUGCCCACUGCUGGGCAUAGCAUUGCGCUCGUUGCUGAGCAUCAUGCCACACUUGGUAGCUCACUAGACAAUGCUAUUUACAUUGAUUGA